UCCAACACAAACCCUUCACGAGAGAAAGUGAAGUAAAAGAUCGGAACAGACAAGGGUUAAUGGCUUUGCCUUUGGUCUCCUCUGUUUCUUACAUCCAAUCUUCUUCAACCCAACUCCAUUGUUUCCCACUACGAAAAGAAAGAUUGGGACUUUAUAGAUUACCAUCGUGGAGCUCUCAUCACAGUUCGAUUAGACUUAUUAGCAAAAGAACGUUUCCUCAGAGAUUGGCUGUGAGAAUGUCUGCAUCAACUUUGCCUAUGAAUCUUCACCGAACAAAGAAGGUUUGGAUAUGGACUGAGUGCAAAGAAGUGAUGACUACUGCAGUGGAACGAGGGUGGAACACUUUUGUCUUCUCAUCAGAUAAUCUUCAACUUUCUGAUGACUGGUCAUCGGUUGCUCUGGUGGAUACAUUGUUUAUUGAUGAGAGGCAAGUUACUGACGGAACGGGGAAAGUUGUGGCUGCUGUCUUUGAGGUUUCAACACCUGAGGAGCUACAGAUGCUUAAGAUUGAGAAUGAGCAGACGGAGAAUAUUGUUCUUGGUCUUUUAGACUGGAAGUCAAUCCCAGCAGAGAAUCUAGUGGCGGCUCUCCAAGGAAGUGAGAAGACGGUGUUUGCCAUUUCAAGUACUCCCUCUGAAGCAAAACUAUACCUUGAGGCUUUAGAGCACGGUCUCGGCGGAAUCAUACUUAAAACAGAAGAUGUCAAAGCUGUUCUUGACCUAAAGGAUUACUUUGACAAAAGGAGCGAAGAAAGUGAUACGUUAAGCUUGACUGAAGCAACUAUAACUCGGAUUGAAAUGGUCGGUAUGGGAGACAGAGUCUGUGUUGAUCUUUGCAGCCUCAUGAGACCCGGUGAAGGUCUUCUUGUAUGUUUGCCUGUUGGAUCCUUUGCUAGAGGACUCUUCUUGGUUCACUCAGAGUGCUUGGAGUCUAAUUACAUUGCAAGCAGACCAUUUAGAGUCAACGCUGGACCAGUUCAUGCUUAUGUCGCUGUUCCAGGAGGGAAGACUUGUUACCUCUCCGAGUUAAGGACGGGGAGAGAGGUGAUCGUUGUUGAUCUGAAAGGAAAACAGCGGACAGCAGUUGUCGGGAGAGUUAAAAUAGAGAAGCGCCCUCUUAUCCUCGUGGAGGCUAAGCUUAGUGGAGAGGAGGAUGAAACGAGUUAUAGCAUCAUCCUACAAAAUGCGGAAACAGUAGCACUAGUCACUCCUCAUCAAGUAAAAUCAUCUGGGAAUACUGCUGUUCCUGUGACCUCGCUGAAACUUGGGGAUCAAGUUUUGAUUAGGUUACAGGGCGGCGCACGCCAUACUGGCAUAGAGAUUCAAGAAUUCAUAGUCGAGAAUUGAUUCAGACUUUCGGCUAACACUCAGACAUCAAAUAAAAUGUAUUCAUAGUGUUAUGAAGCGCCGCAAAUUACAUUCCAAGAAAAAAAACAACAGGGAGAAUUUGAUUGAGACAAAACACAUGUUUUUGAGUUUUUAUUUAGGGAUGUGAAUAAUUAACUUACAAUUCUAUGUGCGCAUAAAUAAUCCUCAAAAUUUUAAUU